AUGGACGCCGACGAGGAUGUGGCGAAGCUGUCACCUGCUGCGCUGCUCGUGCGCGUUCAACGCUGCGAGAGGCUGUUGAGCCACCCAACCCUUUUGAGUCGCCUCCCCGACGGGGGUGCGGCCAUUCGCGGCCGUCACGCGUUGUGCGUCGCCGAAAGGGCCCGACGCGAGGCCGCGGGAGACGCUGCUUCUGCCACGAGGCAGCAGGAGGCCGUGCGGCCGGUGGAGGGGCAGGCGCGUGGGAUGACGACAGCACCUGAGGGGCUGUCUGAGGCGGCAGCAGGCGGGCGGGCAGGGUGCCACGCCUCUCCGAAUACGUCUGAGCGGAGCGUAGACGAAGAGGAAACGGCUGCGGAGUCGUACGAAGAUGUGGCACGUGCCGUUGGCGAGAAGCACCGACACAGUCGAGUUCCUGUCGAGACGAUUGUGCGCCAGACGUUUGAGGGAUCGCUCUGCGAGGCGGAAAUCCAGCGUAUGCUGCACGACGUCCCGCCAAACUUCUUCUUGACAUAUGACGAGACCGUCUCGAUGCAGCGAAGCCUCCUCGCCGGGGAACGUCACGAAGCGCUUAAGCGGUUGUGGCAGCAAACGCAUGCCGAGCUGUAA